AUGUCGCUGGGAUCAUCGGAAUUCGCCGACGGCUUAGCAGCACGGAGUCUGAGCGAGAUCUCAGAGGUCGACGCCGUGAGAAUCGGAGCUGAUAUCGUCUCCGCCGCCAGACGCCUCAUCGCUCUAUUGAGAUCCGUCGGAGACUCUCAAUGGCUUCAUCACCCACCCGUCAUUGCCGAAGCUAUCAGAAGGUACGACGAGCUCUGGAUGCCGUUGAUUUCUGAUCUAACGGUUAAUUCGAAGCCAACGAUGAUUCUACCUCCUCUUGAUGUUGAAUGGGUUUGGUUUUGUCAUUCUUUAAACCCAGUAAGUUACAGAGAUUACUGUCUCAAGAGAUUCUCAAAACUAAUCGGUAAACCGGCGAUUUACGACGAAGAGAACGAGGAUUACGCGGUUUUACAGUGCGAGAAGCUCUGGAUUACGAGAUACCCAGAGGAGAGUUUCGAGAACAGAGCCGAUCCUGACUCUCUUUCAUCAUCUAAUGAAGAAGAAGAAGAAGAUAUAGUUAUUAUUACAACUGAAGUAGAGAAACAGAUGUUUCUCUGGGAGAAGUUUUCAGCUCCGUACAUGUCGGAAACGGUUUACUUGAUCGCGGCUCGGCUACGUUACAAAGCCUUCUUGCUAAUACUAAACAAGUUCCAAGAAGAGAUCUCUCGUCUUCUUCCAGCUUCGGAUAUUCUCCUCAUGUGGCUCACACAUCAGAGCUACCCGACGACAUACGCGGACGAUGUUGACGAAAUGAUGGAAGAGAUCACGGAGAAAGUGGUGAGAAACGGAGAAAAUGUAGACAAGAGCCAAGUGGAGACAACAAAGAAACUUUGGAACAGAUACUUCAAUCAACCGUAUGAGAAAGCUGGCGGCGAAUUAUCCGGCAAAAACGCUGCGUUUUAUUGGCCGGUUUCAGAUAUAGACGUGAACACCACCGCUUAUAAGUCCGUUCGACCAAGAUUUGUAUUGGAAUUAUGUAUAUUUAUAAGGAUGAAUGUAAACGAGGCGAUGGAUCGGAGUUUUCUUCGUUUGAGAGUUGGUAGAGGUCACAGGAAGCUUCAACUUGAAAAGAAAAUGACUGAUUUGUCUCUCGAUGCGUCGUCGUCGUGGCAGAGAGUUUGGCAUCUUUACUGUGAGUUUGGAACACAAGGUGUAGUUCUUGAAUCACAUUGUGACCGCAGUCGCGGUCGCGGGAUUUGCUUUGGAAGCGGAAAAGCGGAAGCGGUGAUAGCGUUUCCGUGGAAUGAUUUGCUGAGAGCGCAUUCUCUAGCGUCCGGUAGGUUACUUGGGAAGCAAGUAAGUGUGUUUGCUUCGGUUACUCCCCCGGUUCAAGCGCCGUACUUGCUGAGAUUUGUACCGGAUCGGGUUACCGAUGAUUCGGGUGAUAUGGUAUCUGAUUCGAUUCAAAGAACGAACAACUUCAGCCCUCAAGAAGGAAGAUGGCUUACUCGAACCGUUCUUGAUCACUCUGGACGGGAAUGCUUCGUUAUCCGAAUCAGAGUUGGGAAAGGGAUGUUCAAACGCGGUGGUGAAGUUCCAUCUCCGGUGAAAUCAGAGGAGCGGAUCACAGAGAUACGAGUAGGUUCUUGGUCUUAUCUCGAAGGCUCAAUCGGUACAGCUCCACCGAAGGUGGUUGGAACGGUAACGCCGAAAGAGCCGGUGGCGGAUUGGGACGCGGCGUGGGAAUUUUCGACCGGAGACGAAUUGCGAAUUCGUUGGGACUCGUCAGGAUCAAUCUCGGAACUCGGUUUAAAUUCAAGAACGUCCGGUUCGCUGGUUAAGCUAUUAACCGGACGGAGAAUGCAGUAUAAAGGAGACAAUGAAGAAGAAGAAGAAGAAGAUGAUGGUUUUGUAACAAUGGUUAGAUCGACAGAAGAAGAUCCAACAGAGAAAGCAACGGCUCUGAUCGACUGGAAGCAUCAAGCGGUGGAGUUUUUACCCGAAGAAGACGCGGUUUUCGUCUUACUAUUGUCGGUAUCGAUUCUAAGAAGUGUAACUCAGAGAAGAAGGCAAGAUGUUGGUAAACUUUUGGUGCGGAAAAGGAUAACCGAAGCAACCGGGGAACGGGAUUGGGGAUCGGUUAUCGUCGAUGCAUCAUCGUCGUCUUCUUCUUGUAGCCCGUACGUAGAACCGUGGUAUCGAAACUCCGGUAAGGUUUUGGCCAUGGAGGAGAAAGCAGAAGUGGCAAGAUAUCCAUAUCCGGUUAGGAGCUAUUCUAACGUUGACGGUGGUGAUAAUUUGUACAAACAUGUAAUAUUCGGGUGA